CUUAAACUAAAAUGUAGCUGUGUGAAUACGAAAUUUGACAACUCAAAUAAUGAUUUAAAUGACCUAAAUAACUGACCUUGGCUGCGUCCAAAAUUCCAGCAGGGAAUGCUCUACAGAUGCUUACAACUGUUUGCAUUAUAUACAUAUAUGUGUAAAUACAUACAUAGGCAUUUAAGAAAAUUCCACUUGUGUCAAUAUCCAAAGGUGUGCGUUAACCAAGCCCACAAGCUUAUCAGCAUAAUGCUUUUUUAAGUACUUUGAGCAGUUUAGUGUUCUCAGCAAAGGAGAAUAGCAUCCACGGCAAAUAUUGAAAAUGCGCAAUUUUUAUUCAAUUUUUAGUUUCUUAAUUUUUAUAACAGAGUUCAAAAUUAGCCAAAGUGACGGUGGCUAUCUCACUUUUGGUCCACAAUUCCGGGCCACUGUUGGUGAGGUCUGGCCCAAGCCCUAUCGACAAGUGAAAAGUGAUAAGUUCUAUGCAGUGAAUAGUUCUGAUUUUCAAUUUGUUGCUGUCAAUAAAAACUGCGCUCUUCUCCGAGCUGCCCUCACACGUUACUCCAAAAUUAUAGCCGCUACAGCGAAUGGAAAUUUCAGUACCCCUGCCACCACCAAUUUUGCUAUCAUCCGGAAAUUUCGCGUCAAUCUGACACAAUCCUGCGAGAGCUUGCCACAUCUCGACAUGGAUGAGUCAUAUUAUGUGCGCGGCGACGGAGUGGUGCGGGCCGACUCCAUUUGGGGUAUACUGCGCGGUCUGGAGACAUUCGUUCAACUGUUGGUGCCAAUGUCGAAUGGGCUGCUACUCACUCGUAGGACAGAAAUUUACGAUCAACCUCGCUUCAAGUAUCGUGGCCUAAUGUUGGAUUCGGCAAGACAUUUUGUGAGUAAAGCGAAAAUCUUGCAACUCAUCGAAGGCAUGGCGUACAACAAACUAAAUGUCUUCCACUGGCACAUGACGGAUGACUCAGCGUUCCCGUACGUUUCAAGCGUAUUUCCAGAGCUCUCAGCGAAGGGCGCCUAUCGACCGGAACUGACCUAUUCCAAGGCCGAUGUGUUGGAGGUGGUGAAAUUUGCACGUAUGCGCGGUGUACGUGUGGUGCCUGAGUUCGAUACACCAGCUCACACCGCCUCAUGGGGCGCUUCCCAUCCCGAGAUUAUGACGAAAUGUGCUGGCAAAUUUGAAGGCCAAAUCGGACCACUGAAUCCCACAAAAGAAUCAACUUUUGAUUUUCUCUACAAACUCUUCAGUGAAAUAAAAACGCUUUUUCCCGACAAAUAUCUGCAUCUCGGUGUGGACGAAGUGGACUCAGCUUGUUGGGAGUCCAACGCUGACAUUCAAGACUAUCUAAAGGCGCAUGGACUGGAUAAUGGGGAUCUUCCAUACAGAUAUUUGGAGCGCUACUCUGCGAACAUCUCCGCAAUGGGCUGGCUACAGAUGGUGUGGCAGGAGGCCAUGAUCGAAAACUCCUAUAUGGAAUGGCCGAAAGGCACAAUCGCACAAGUUUGGUUUGAUUAUAAGAAAACAAUGGCCACACUUACGAAAAAGGGACACGAUGUCAUAAUGAGCGACGGUUGGUAUUUGUAUGUGUUGGACACUGGCGCCGAUUGGGAGAAGCUCUAUAAUGUGGAACCGACAGACUUUAAUGGUAACAAGGCGCAGAAGGCUCAUGUUAUCGGCGGCGAGGCUUGCCUUUGGAGUGAGUGGAUUAAUGAGCAUAACGUCUUGCCCACCACAUUUCCAAGAGUAAGCGCGAUAGCUGAGCGUUUAUGGUCGCCAGUGGAGGAGCUGAGUGUCGACGAAGCGCGUUUGCGCUUGGAAGAGCACAACUGUCGCUUGAUGGCGCGCGGUAUCGAAGCGAGGCCGGCCAAUGGUUUCGGGUUGUGUUAGAGAGUACAGAGCUCAAUAUGCAGUAUUAAAAUAAACGUAAAGUUUUUUUCUUCAAAGAAAAU